GUCCACCACCUUUCAAUAGGCAGCCGACAGACCUACCGCACUUUUGUGAAGUCACUUUUUCCAGUGCCUUCAUCAUGACACGUAGAAUAGAUCGUCUCAUGUUGAUUCUCGUCGCGGUAAUCGUCUGCACAUCCUUCGCCAAUGGCCAGGCAAGGGACCCAGCGGCGGUUAAGUCAAAAACCACAUCUGACGGUCUAGUCGGUCGAAUGAUGGGGGCUAUCAACCCCGUCACCAAGAUCUUCACGGAAUACAUAAACGCGUGGCUUAUCCGCAACAGGGGCAAACAGCUGCCCUGCACCCUCUACAAUCCAAUGAAAUGGGACUGGGAAUGCACUGACGUCGAGAAAUAGAGUCCAAAAAUUCUUCUUCACAAAGAAACCCAUACACUUAACAGAAUUUAUUUUUAUAAUACAAAACGCAUCAAUGACAUAGUAUUACGUAAUUUAAUUAUAUUAUCUUCACUAUUCAUGUGUUAAAUAAAUAUGCAAUGUGGUACCUCAG